UCCUAUACUAACUACCAAUUCAAGGACAGAUCGAUCGUACUAUAUUAUGUUGUUUUCCAUGCAUGCAUGCACGUACUCACUCGUGCAGAUCAGAUCAGAACAAUCGAGGUUCAACUUAAUUUGAUUGAUUAUUGUUGAUAUAACAUAUAUAGAUUCUGGUGGAAUAUAUAAUACAUAAAUGGCGAAGGAGUAUAGUGGAUCCCCAAAGCUUCACCAGCUGGAAACAAAACGGCGACGGCUGACGUGGAUUUUGGCGGUGAGUGGGUUGUGUAUAAUAUCCUAUGUUAUUGGAGCAUGGCAGACGACAACAUAUAUCCCUGCUAACCAAUCAGAUUUCUACAACCGAAUCGGGUGUGAUAAGAAAGUGGGAUCACCGUCGACAACGUCGUCGUCGUCGUCGUCGUCCGGUAAGUCCAUCUCCUCGUCGCCGGCUCUGGACUUUGAGAGCCAUCAUCGGUUAACGGUGAACGAUUCCGGUGAUCAGCCGGUGAGCUUUCCUCCGUGUGACAUGGCUUACAGCGAGUACGCUCCGUGCCAGGACAGGCAAAGGGGGAGGAAAUUUGACCGGGAAAUGAUGAAAUACCGGGAGCGGCACUGCCCCACCAAGGAGGAGCUCCUCCGCUGCCUCAUCCCGGCGCCGCCCAACUACAAGAUCCCCUUCAAAUGGCCCCAGAGCAGAGAUUUCGCUUGGUUUGCCAAUAUUCCCCACAAAGAGCUUAGCGUUGAGAAGGCGGUUCAGAAUUGGGUUCAGGUGGUGGGUGACCGCCUCAGAUUUCCCGGCGGUGGCACCGGCUUUCCACAUGGCGCUGACGCCUACAUUGAUGACAUGACCGAGCUCAUUCCCCUCACCACUGGAUCCGUCCGAACUGCUCUUGAUACAGGCUGCGGAGUUGCGAGUUGGGGUGCAUACUUGUUGAAAAGGGAAAUCAUAGCCAUGUCUUUUGCUCCGAUGGACACACACGAAGCUCAGGUGUGGUUCGCAUUGGAGAGAGGCGUUCCGGCGAUGAUUGGCGCCUUGGGCUCCCAGAGAAUGCCCUACCCAGCAAGAGCUUUCGACAUGGCUCAUUGCUCCCGGUGCCUCAUACCUUGGGCCGACUUUGAUGGGCUGUAUUUAGCAGAAGUUGAUAGAGUUCUUAGUCCGGGGGGAUAUUGGAUACUGUCGGGCCCUCCGGUCAGGUGGAAGCGACACUGGAGAGGGUGGGAGAGGACACAAGAAGACUUGAAGAAAGAACAAGAUUCCAUUGAGGAGCAUGCCAGAAAAUUAUGCUGGAAAAAAGUGAUGGAAAAGGGCGAUUUAGCAGUGUGGCAAAAGCCCAUCAACCACCUUCAGUGUGCCAAGGUCAAAUCAAUGUCUGAUUCCUUGCCUUUCUGCAAACCGGACACUAAUGCCGACGCAGCAUGGUACAAGGAUAUGGAGUUGUGUACCACCCCACUGCCGGUUGUGGGCAACGCGGAUGAAGUGGCCGGCGGUGCAUUAGAGAAGUGGCCGGACCGUGCGUUUGCAGUUCCUCCAAGGAUCAUCUCCGGGACAGUCCCCGGAAUCACGCCGGAGAAAUUCCAAGCUGAUAAUGAAGAAUGGAAACGCAAGGUGUCACAUUACAGCCGCAUCGUAAGUCCCUUAGCGCAAGGGCAGUACCGCAACGUAAUGGACAUGAAUGCUAACCUCGGCGGAUUCGCAGCGGCAUUGUUGAAGUACCAAGUUUGGGUAAUGAAUGUCGUCCCUGUCACCGUACAACCCGACACUCUGGGGAUAAUAUACCAACGAGGACUCAUCGGCACGUACCAGGAUUGGUGCGAAGCAUUCUCAACAUAUCCCAGAACAUAUGAUCUCAUCCAUGCCGCCCGGGUUUUCAGCAUAUAUCAAGACAGGUGUGACAUAGUGUACAUUUUGCUGGAGAUGGAUAGAAUACUGAGGCCAGAAGGGACAGUAAUAAUGAGAGACGUGGUGGAGGUGUUGGUGAAGGUGAAGAGUAUAACAGAUGGGAUGAGGUGGCGGAGUCGGAUUAUGGAUCACGAAAGCGGGCCAUUUAACCCGGAGAAGAUUCUUGUUGCUGUAAAAAGUUACUGGACAGGCGGCAAGUCUAAAGGAGAGUAAUAAACUUCAAUUCAUUUGCUUUCAUCAUUUGAA